GAAAUCUGAUUGCAAAGAUUAGUGUCGGUCCACCAUUCCCAUAGACACUUGUCUUGCUGUCUCUUCACUUCACUAUACUACUAGUGCUAGUUCACUCUGUUUGCAGUUCCCUAAUGGCUAAAGACCCAACAGGCACCGGAAAAAUGUUCUUGUGCUUCGACACGAGGCCAUUGGUGGCCACAUUGCUGGCCUUCAGCCUUGUCAUGCUCAUCUGGAAUCUCCAACCUUACUAUGAUACCAUCCUUACUUCCCCCGCCUCUCCCACUCCCACUUCUAAACUCUCCAUUACUGAUCCUAACAAACGAAACGGCAGUGCCGCCUCUCUCUUCGUCCAGAUGGGCGCCUAUCGCGGCGGUCCUACCACCUUCGCCAUCGUGGGUCUCGCUUCCAAGCCCCUUCACGUCUUUGGCCGCCCCUGGUAUGAAUGUGAGUGGAUUCCCAACAGUAAUGACAAUGCCAACUCCUCUAAGAACCUCAAGGCCAAGGCUUAUAAGAUCCUCCCUGACUGGGGCUACGGUCCUGUCUACACUGUCGUUGUUGUCAACUGCACAUUUUCAGUUAAUCCUAACGCUGAUAGUAAGGGAGGGAAGCUCAUUCUCUAUGCUUACUACGGUGAGUCUCCCAAAAGAUACGAGAAAAUCACAGCAUUGGAGGAAGCGCCUGGGUCUUACAAUGAGUCCAAAUUCAGCCCCCCAUAUCAAUACGAGUAUUUGUAUUGUGGUUCGUCCUUGUAUGGGAAUUUGAGCGCGUCCAGGAUGAGGGAGUGGAUGGCCUAUCACGCCUGGUUUUUCGGGCCCAGCUCCCAUUUCGUGUUUCAUGACGCAGGUGGAGUGUCGCCCGAGGUAAGGGCGGUGCUGGAGCUGUGGAUACGUGCUGGUAGAGUCACGCUUCAGGACAUAAGGGACCAGUCCGAGUUCGAUGGCUACUAUUAUAACCAGUUUUUGGUGGUGAAUGAUUGUCUCCAUAGCUACUGACACGCUGCCAAUUGGACGUUCUACUUUGAUGUGGACGAGUACAUGUAUCUUCCCGAUGGCAACACUACUCUAGAAUCUGUGUUAAGAGAGUUCUCCAACAAUACUCAGUUCACCAUUGAGCAAAGUGCCAUGUCCAGCAUGCUCUGCUUGAAUGAUUCCUCUCAUGAGGACUAUUCCAGGCAAUGGGGCUUUGAGAAGUUACUGUUCAGGGACUCGAGAACUAACAUUAGGAGAGAUCGGAAGUAUGCCAUACAGGCAAAAAAUGCAUAUGCAACAGGUGUACACAUGUCAGAAAAUGUAGUAGGAGGAACGUUGCACCAGACAGAAACCAAGAUCCGCUACUAUCAUUAUCACAACUCCAUCACUGUACACGAGGAGCUCUGUCGUGAGUUUGUACCCAUAUCCGCUAAGCAUAACAUUACCUUGUUCGAUAAGCUACCAUAUGUAUACGAUGACAACAUGAAGAAACUCAUCCAAACCAUCAAGGAUUUUGAGCGCAGCAUCAUUAAUGCAGCUCCCGACCAUACCACCAACUCAUAGGAUCAGUACAUUAUUUCUUUCUUUCGCCAUUACAUAGUACAGUAUUAAAUCAUUUUACCUGAUUAUAUAGAAUCUUACCACAAUGAAGAGAAGGAACAACCUUGAAUUCUAAAUCCUGGAAUUGAUGAACAGUGUUGUGUAGUAGAGUAACAGAGCUCUUCUUUUCCUCUUUCGUAUCAUGUGGAUUGCUGCUGAAGUGUGCCCUGCUCCUAAUUCUUGCCAGUAACUCUCCAACUUUUGUGGGGCUGGGACAUGAGGCUCACCACACUUGGCUUCUGCUGACUUAACUGGUUAAUAUGAAAUAAUUUGUAUCCACAAAUUGCCAGAAGGGGAAGUUAGGUUUAUUGGUUGAUUUGGGAAAAGGGAGAGAUGAGGGGCCGUCCAAGUCCCCACCAGGAGAUUUGUCUGUAAAUGGUACAAGGAGUUAUAUGGGAGAGAUGGAUGGCUAUGAAGCUUUGAAGUAUAUUCCUUCUCGUAACUCUCAUACUAGUAGAAUAUCAUAUGAAUAUUGUUAUGAUGAGUUGAAUGAGAAUCCUCAAGAUCUAAGGGUAAUUGAUGUGAAAGAAGAGAUUUGUAGAUUUAAGGUGGCCAUCAACUAUCAAAAGGGAUACACUAUUGAGGUGGGAAGAAACAUAUCGGAAAAUCUUAUUAGUCCCGCGGUUGUAAAAAGGUUGGGGCUACUAUGUUAUCAAUUGUCUACUUCAAAGUUCAUCAAUGGGACACGGAUCAAUGAAGUAAUGGAUAAUGUAUAUAUUAGUAAAGGAGAAUAUUUUUAUAAUUCACCAUAUGUGUUUCCUUUGGCCACUUGUGACCUAUGCUUGGGAUCUCCUUGGUAUAAACGUGGUUAUGAUCUUGUUUAUGAAGAUGUGCGUAGAAGAUUCAUGGUUCACAACUGCGUUGGAGUUUUAAUGAACGUCUCUUUAAGGAAUUGCCUAUCAAAAAACCACAAAAGGAGUAAGCUUGUGGAA